AUGGAGAUAACUGAUUUACUACAAUGGAUAAUUGUACUGUUGAUGGCUUUCGUUUUUUAUGCAUUUAUGAUGAGUCGUGACUUCUGGACGUUCAGGAGGAUGGGAAUACCAGGACCGACACCUCUCCCUAUUGUAGGAAACCUGAUGGCACUAGUAGGGAAGGGCUUCCGCGAGUUCGACAUUAGCACAAUCAAAAUGUACGGAAAAGUGUUUGGUCAUUUCGAUAUGCUUUCUGCAAACCUGGUGGUAGCAGAUAAGGAAAUUUUGAAAGAAAUUCUGGUGAAGCAAUUCAAUAACUUUAUCGAUAAGAGGACGUUUGACGGGUACAACGGGGAUUUGGAACACGGACUAACCGUAAACAGGGGCGAACACUGGAAGCGCAACAGAAGCAUUGUCACUCCUGCAUUUUCAUCUUCAAAACUUCGAAAGAUGGUGCCGUUGAUUCAAGAAGCCUGUGAUACGCUAGUGAAAACAUUGCCACACUCGAUCAGAGCAGGAGACCAUGGUCAAGUGGAACUGACAAGGUUAUUUAGAGCUUGUACGAUGGACAUGAUCAGCUCUACGGCGUUCGGUAUCCGAGUGGAUUCACAGGGAAAUCCGAAUGACCCAUUUGUAAUGAAUGCUAAGAAGAUGUUUGACUUUUCGUUGACAGGACCUAAGAUACUCCUUAUGUUGUUCUGUCCGGCAUUAAAACCUCUGCUAUUAAAGCUUGGCGUCUGCAUUUUUCCACAUGAUAGCAUGGCUUACUUCCGCAAACUUACUGCUCAGCUCCUUGACGAAAGAAGACGAAGCAAGAAUAUGUGUCGCGAGGAUUUCCUUCAGCUGAUGGUAGAUGCUCGGGAAGGUAGACUUGGAAAGGAUGGUGAGGAUGAGGAUUGUACAGCUAAGAAUAUUUUGUUAAAUGAACACCAUCAAAGCCUGACGUUUGAGGAAAUUUUGGGUAACGUAGAAUUGUUUUAUGUCGCGGGAUACGAAACUACGGCUAUAACACUGACGAUGCUAUCUUACAAUCUCGCUACCCAUCCCGAAUGCCAGGAAAGAUUGCGCCAAGAAAUUGAAGAAGAAAUUGGGUCGGAACCCAUUGGCAUUGACAAUCUCAACAAGCUUCAGUACCUCGAAAUGUGUAUCAAUGAGACAUUACGAAUGUACUCCCCGUUCAUGAGAUUCGACAGGAAGUGCGUAAGAACAACUAAGGUCAAGGACAUGACAAUACCGGCUGGAAUGGUGGUGAGUGUACCUAUAAAUGCGAUUCAUCGUGAUCCGGAAGUUUGGGAGAAACCGGACGUUUUCAAUCCAGAAAGGUUUUCUGCCUCCGAGAGAGCAAAGCAUGAUCCUAUGGAUUUCUUGCCAUUUGGGCAUGGUCCUCGCGGCUGUAUUGGAACACGACUUGCUUAUAUAGAACUUAAAAUGGCUAUGGUUGCUGUUAUUCAAAACUUCCGGCUGUUGGUUGGUAGCAAAACUGAUAUUCCUCCGAACAUGGUAGAGAACGCUGUACUGAUGCCUUCUUCAGUGUGGCUCAAAUUGGAAGAGAUCGUGUAA